UUCGUCUUAAUUAAUUAUAUUUUUUUUGUUUAGUUAGAGGUCACUGGCAAUUAAUAAUAUGAAACAGAAAGUUAAAGUCAUUAAUAUGCUUUAUCCAUGUGGAAGCAUUGUUCCGAAUUUCGCCAAAUAUUGUAACAAUGUAACGCAACAUGCAAAUUAUUUUCAUAAACGCAACAGCAAUACUAAUAACUUGAAAACCGUGACCAAAGGACGAUUGGAGUGGGCAUUAGUUAGUAGUCAUAAUUGUUGAAUAAACAGAUUGCAUAAACAAUUAUUAUUUCUAUUAAGUGAAAAGAAGGCUUUCGCAUUCCAACAGUUGAAGCGUUCAAUUCGAAGCUACUGAAAUCUUUGUGAGUCAACAAAAAAUAUUGUUGCAUUGCAAGUAUUGAAGCAAUCCCAUCCGGAAUGCGUCUUGCGUUUACAGUUAUUAUAUUUGGUAUGCAAGUGGUAAGCAUGUCAUGCGCUAAGCGAUAAUCGGCCUAAAGAACCGGACGAGUACAGCUUAAGUAGAGGCUAUGAUCUGGAUUGAACGAAGCGACUGGAAAUGGGUGUAACUUAAAAGUGCGAGAAGAAAGAUGAGUGAAGAAAGUUGUUGUCUGCCGAAAUUCUUGAAGAAGCUCCGGCAUUCCAUCUAUCCAACGCAACCGAUUGGCGUGAAAAAUAGUGAAUUUCUGCGUGUGAAUAGCAACAAUAUUCACAUACUACAUGUGAAGCCUGAUAAACAGGUGGUUAACAAAAACUUGAAACAUGAAGCAGCUGAAAAGAGGCACAGUACAAACAGGAACUCCCUAACCGAGGAAUAUUGGUUCACAAGAUGGAACAAGCCUUUGAGAGCGAAUCCCUGCAACUGCUCCUUCAGGAGAUCCCAGAGAUAUUCAGAAAAAUUCACCCAAGUCUCCAAGAUAACUAACAUCGAGACUUUUGUGGAGAGGUUAAUCCAGGACACUGUUUUUGAGGCUUUUCAGGAAUAUACCAUCAGUCGGAACAAGGGCUGUGACAAUCUAGCGUUCCUGAGAUCACCAGAUGAUGAGGGAUCUGCUGUCCUUCCCACUGAAUGUACCACAAUCACUCUACGUAACAAAAAAGAAAAUUGCAGCCAUAAAAACCAAAUAUUAGUUAAUGAUAAGCCUAUGAUAAUUCUAUUGCAUGGUAUUGGAAGCACAGCAGAUGUGUGGUGGAACAUAAUGAAGAAUCUCUUGGGUAAGGGCUUUGAGGUUGUUGCCCCAGAUAUGCUGGGGCAUGGAUAUAGCUCGGCACCAAACAGGAGGAGGGCUUACAAAUUCAAGAAACUAUUGAAUCACGUCUUCGCUGUUUUUGAUCACUAUGCUCAAAGAGACGAGACUAGGAAGUUUAUUAUAAUUGGGCAUUCCUUUGGGUGUAGUUUGGCUACAGCUUUGUGCAGGUAUCGGCCGCAACAGAUAGUGCAGCUGGUGUUAAUUAGCGGUGGUGGCCCUACAGCCCUUUCAGCACCCAUUACAGGAAGCGAAAUCUCCGUUUUCAGCUGGUUGCAACUACUGAUAAGUCCAUUAUUGUUCUGUGGUAUUAAAAGGAGUUUAUUCUAUGCCACUAGAGGAAAGCACUUCAAGCCUUGUGAUUCAGACUCUUCCAUACCAAAGUACGUUUUGGAUUAUAUCAAUAUCGGGCAGAGUUGGCCCGAGGGUGAUGCAGCUUUUCAUCGAAGGAUCCUUAUUCCAACCUUACUUGUCCAUGGGUUAAACGACACCGAGGUGACUUUGGUGCAGGAGUGUGAGAUGGAACGAACGAUUCCGAGGGCCUUUCUGGAACUGAUACCUACAGCAGGUCAUAUGUCGCUCCUGGAAACUCCAGAGCACUUGGCUCAUAUGAUUCUGUGCUUCGUAGAUUGGUGGUCCAGAUGAUGAUGUUUCUCUUCUUGCACUAUGCUUAAUUUUUCCAUCCAUUAUUAUAUUUUGAUUUUUAUAUAUCAUAUUUUCCAUACUCUUAUACUGACUGAAUAAAUGUAGUUAUAUUUUU